AUGCCCCUGUCCCAGAGCAGGGCUGGGCAGAUGCCGUGCAGCAGCAAGGUGUGCAGGAGCCUCUUCGGCCCUGUGGACCACCACCAGCUCCAGAAUGACUUUGAGGACCUGUUGAGGCAACACCUGGAGGAAGCUCAGCAGCGCUGGAACUUCAACUUUGAGACGGAGACUCCCUUGGAAGGACACUUCAAGUGGGAGAGGGUCUUCCUGCCUGAGCAGCCAGCCCAGGAAGUUCACAGCCUGGUCAAGGCCAUCAGCAGCGAGAGCAGGAGCUCCAAGGUCCCCCCCAAGGACCCUCUUGGCAAGAUUUGCCCUGAAGGGUCUCAGCAGAGCUCGGAGGUUUGCAGGGCUGGUUCCCCGAAGAGCUUGAAGCGUGGACAGACCACCAUCAAAGACUUCUACAGCUCCAAGCGAAGGAUCACCCCUGACCAGCCCAAGCCCUAA